GGUCAAGGUCAGAUGAAAUACAAAAGCGAAAAUAAAUGAUUCUGAAUAUAAAAGGACACCUUGACACCGUGAAUAUAAAUAUACAAUUGAAUAAAGACUCGGGUAAAAGAUGAUCUACGGGAUCAUCAUAACCUACGGGAUUGAAAGUAAUACUAAGGUCUACAGGACCAAGAAGACCUUUGGGGUCACAAAUAGGAAGGAAAGAAUUGUUGAGUCACACCUUAAAGAGGUGGAAAUCCAAAGAGAUAGUCUACGAGACUAAGUGAAGGAACCUACUGGUUAUUUAGGUUAAGCGUGAGAACUAGUUGAAACUCCCCGCAUUAAAUGAUAAUGGAAAGGAACAAAUCCUCGUAAGUAACAUUCCUAGAUAUGAGAGAAAGACGUAAGGUAGAGAAAACGUAAACUAAAAAUUUAGUUUUUAGUCAAAAGCAGCGUUCUAACAAACAUAAAUAGUAUGAAGGGAUUUGGAAAAUCUUAAACACACAUAAGGCCGGUGAUGGCAAAAUAGUAUACCCGGAUGAAGGGGUAUGAAGUGAUGGCGACUAAUUAGUCUAGCCAGUAAAACUUUUCAAAGUCAAGCAAACGUUAUGACAAAUACAAAGAGCUUGUUAAUAUAAGACAAGCGCGGGAUAAACAUGUUAACAGAUUGAUGAGACUAAGUGGUCAAGUGACAACUCGGUCAAUAAGGAUAAUGCAUAUAAGCUAAAAAUAACGGCCUGCGAGGCCUUACACAUGAAAGACGUACGCGUCCAUAUAAAUGAAAACGUUAGAUCAAAACGAACGAGUGAAUGUCUUGAAAACGAAACUAGGUUCGUUUAGUCUAAAUUAAAAGAAAUACAUAAAUAAGGUUUCGGGGACGAAACCUCAUUAAGGGGGGUAGACUUGUAACACCCCGAAAAUGAGUUUGGUAAUUAAACCCCGUUAAUACUAAAGAGCGGGUAGAAUACCGUUAGCAGAAAAGAUUAGCCUGGAAAUUAUUAGGAAUUCAAAUAAAUAAGCCUAAUAAUAAAAAAAAAGAGAGCAAACGACUUGAGAAGACAAAAGUUCAUAAGGAGCCCGAGUUAACGGGAUUUAAAAUAAAACGGGUUUUUAACUUACCGAACCUACUAAGUUGACUAGGAAUAAUUCUAACCUGGUUAGAUAGUGACUUAUGAGUGGGUUAAAACACUUAAAUUAUGAACUAAGGAAAAUGGAGGGGCCAAACUUGUUAAACUUGAAACUUGAUUUAUUAAAAACAAAUUAAAACACACCAAAUACACACAAGAGUGUGUGUCUGGUUGUUCAAACACAGGGGGCGACACAAGGGAUCCCACAAACCCUAGUUCUUCCAAAAAUCCACCAAAUUGAGAGCUCAAAUUCGUUCUAAAUCAAGUCUCAAACACAAAUUCGUGAUCUCCAUUGAAAGGGGAGUCAUAAGUUUGACUCUUGACGAGCUAGGUGAAGCUUGGAGGAGAUGAUCAAACGGGAUAAAGGCACGAGUAAGACUUGCUUGGAUGAAAGUCAUAUGUUUACAGGAACGAAUAGAAAUUUGGAUAAUUGCGUCAUCAUAGAAUAUUGAACUAAUAAUAGCAAGGCAUAAACGGGUCUAUACGUUGACUCGAGCCAGGUACAUUUUGGAUGCCGGAAGACGAUCAAGCUCAACGAAGAACCGAACACGAUAAUGAUACAUGCUUCCGCACAUUGCCUCAUCGUAAAUUUUAAACGACGAUUUCGAUCACGCUAUGUUGAAUAACUUAUGAUUUGUAAAAGUUUUAAUAAACCCGUAUUUUUAUAGUAUGUGUAGUCUUAACUACACAUCUAAUUGUUGGUAUUUACAUGUAAAACCGCUAUAUAGUAAUUAGGGUCUUACAAAAGGUUUUCUACGAAUCAAGGUAGAAACGUAUAUCCUAUUCCAAUGGUUGACUUAUCUUCCGACGAUCAUAUUAUUCCUCAACAAUUACCUGAAGAUCCAUAUAAAGGAGUUUCUAACAAUUAUUUGGAUCAUGGUGAUCAAGUAGUUGUAUGCGACAUAUGUAAUGCUAAGUUGUGGAAAGUUGAGGCCGGAAAAGGAAAGCUUUACUCCGGAAGAACAACUUAUAUGCUUUGUUGUGCUUAUGGAAAAGUACAUCUUCCUAAUUUUAAAGAGACGUGUCUGGAAUAUCAAAGUCUUUUUAAGAGUUUAGAUGACAAGAGCAAGCAUUUCUUACUGAAUAUUCGUCGUUUUAAUUCUAUGUUUUCGUUCACUUCAAUGGGUGGUAAAGUUGAUUCGAAAAUCAAUAGAGGAGAUGCUCCGUAUGUAUACCGAAUUAGUGGCGAGAAUUAUCAUACACUGGGAAGUCUUCUUCCCAAAGAAGGUGGUGAACCAAAGUUUGCGCAGCUUUACAUAUACGAUACAGAUAAUGAAGUCUGUAAUCGUAAAACCGUAUUUAGUAACUCAAACAAACCAGCAUCCGCAACUUCUAAUUUGCUUGACACUGAACUCAUAGAGUACCUUAAGGUGAUUUUAGAUUCAAAUAAUGAGCUGGUGAAAACAUAUAGACGUGUACGAGAUCGGUUUGUUGAUAAUCCUCAAGUUGACUUAAAAUUAAGGCUUAAGGCGAAUAGGUCUAAAGAUGGUCGUACAUACAACCUACCGACGUUGUCCGAAGUUGCUGCGCUUAUUGUUGGAAACAUUGAGGAAGCUCUUGAUAAUCGUGAUGUAGUUGUUGAGUCAAAGAAAGAUGGUCUACAACGUAUUAGCGAGCUUCAUCCUUGUUAUCUCGCGCUUCAGUAUCCAUUGCUUUUUCCUUUUGGUGAAGAUGGUUACCGGAUUGAUAUUCUUCAUAGAGAAGGAAGGGCAUCAACGAAGAAGAAAGAGUCAAAAUGUACAAUGAGAGAGUAUUUUGCUUACCAUGUUCAAGAUAGAGUGAAUCAUUUCUCUUUGAUUCUCAAUGCUCGAAGACUUUUGCAACAAUUCUUGGUUGAUGUAUAUACGAUGAUUGAAAGUGAACGAUUACUAUUCAUACGUAUGCAGCAAAAAAAACUGAGAUCUGAGACAUAUGAUAACCUUAAAAGGCUUGGACAAAAUGGUAAUCCAGAUAUGUCAAACGUUGGAACACGCGUACUACUACCGUCUUCAUUUACCGGUGGAUCGCGUUAUAUGAGGGAGAAUUAUUAUGAUGCGAUUGCCAUUUGCAAAUGGUUUGGCUACCCUGAUUUUUUCAUUACGAUCACUUGCAAUCCUAAAUGGCCGGAGAUUAAAAGAUUUUUAAAGGACACGAAGAUUAAUCCCGAGGAUAGGCCGGAUAUUUUAUGCCGAUUGUUCAAAAUUAAGCUUGACGCAAUCAUGAAAGACUUGCGAGAGAAAUCUUUAUUCGGCAAUGCAUCGGCAGUUGUCUAUACUAUAGAGUUUCAGAAACGAGGUCUACCGCAUGCGCAUAUCUGUCUGUUCUUACAUGACGAAAGUAAGCUUCCUUCGGUUGAGCAUGUUGACAACUUCAUUUCUGCCGAGAUACCUGACAAAAACUUAGAACCAGAUCUAUAUACUCUUGUCAGCGAGUAUAUGAUUCACGGACCUUGUGGUGUUGCAAAACCAAAUUGUCCGUGUAUGGUCGACGGUAAGUGUUCGAAGAAAUUUCCUAAGAAGUUCUGUGAUAAGACUUCUCUAGAUUCGAAUGGUUAUCUGGUAUAUAGACGAGCCGAUUCAGGUGUUUUUGUUGAGAAAUCUGGUAUUCAGCUUGAUAACAGAAGCGUGGUUCCGUAUAGCAAAACCCUAUUGAGACGUUAUCAAGCACACAUUAACGUCGAAUGGUGUAACCAGGCUACGUCCAUUAAGUAUUUGUUUAAAUACAUUAACAAAGGACCAGAUAGGGCUGAAUUUGGUUUUGUACCAAAUGGCGAUGAAGGUCAGCUUAAAGAUGGAAAAGAUGAAAUCAAAGAGUAUUACGAUUGUAGAUAUCUCUCGGCAUGCGAAGCUUCAUGGCGCAUAUUUGCAUUUGAUGUUCAUUACCACUAUCCAUCUGUAAUCAGGCUUCCGUUUCAUCUACCUGAUAAACAAAACGUUGUAUACGGCCCUGAUGACGAACUUGAUAGUGUUCUACAAAAACCUUAUGUUUCUUCUACGAUGUUUUUGGGGUGGAUGGAAAAGAACGAAAAAGAUCCGUUGGCGCGCACCCUUACUUACGUUGAGUUCCCAACUAAAUUUGUUUGGAAGAAGGAUGAAAGGAUAUGGGAUAAACGCAUAAUAGGCAAAACCAUUGGUCGUAUUCAUUGUGUGAAUCCUUCUAUGGGCGAGGCAUACUUUUUAAGAAUUCUUCUUAAUAAGGUAGUAGGUCCUAAGUCUUUUGAAGACAUUCGUACUGUAAAUGGACAAGUCUUCCCAACAUUUAGAGAUGCGUGCUACGCUAGAGGCCUUUUAGACGACGACAAGGAGUAUAUAGAAGCGAUCAAAGAGGCGUACUACACAGGUUCUGGUUACUAUCUUCAUAAUCUGUUUGCUACAAUGUUGGCGUCUAAUACAUUAUCAAAGCCUGAACAUGUUUGGGAAAACACAUGGGAGUACCUUGCGGAUGGUAUUUUAUACAAUCGGCAAAAGCUUUUGAGGAUCGAAGGUUUGUGUCUUCCAGAAGAACAAAUAAGGAACCUAACGUUGUUGGAAAUUGAGCGUUACUUAUUACGUAACAACUCAAGUUUAAGUCGGUUUUCGUCUAUGCCUCAACCCGACAGUGAAUCAAUAUAUUCAGCAGACAACCGUUUAAUUGUUGAUGAGCUUAGGUACGAUGUAAGCGCUACUGCCAUUGAAUUUGAUAAUAAUUUAAGCAGCCUAACCGAUGAGCAGCGUUUAGUGUUUGAUGAGAUAAUUGAAGCAGUUAAUAGUAAUGCGGGUGGUUUGUUCUUCGUAUAUGGGUACAGAGGUACUGGUAAGACAUUUCUUUGGAAGAACAUUAUCUGCAUCCAUUAGAUGUAAAGGCGAUAUUGUACUAAAUGUUGCAUCAAGUGGAAUCGCAUCUCUUUUGUUACCUGGUGGGCGUACUGCACAUUCAAGGUUUCAUAUACCUCUAAAUUUAACAGAAACCUCGAUGUGUUUUAUUAAACCGGAUGAUGACGUUGCUGAUUUAUUGAAGAAAACGAAAUUGAUCAUUUGGGAUGAAGCACCGAUGAAUCAUAAACAUGCGUUUGAAGCACUUGACCGAACAAUGAAAGAUAUCUUCAAAUGUGAGAUGACAUUUGGUGGACAAGUUAUGGUGUUCGGUGGUGACUUUAGACAAAUACUUCCGGUUGUACCAAAUGGGAGUAGGCGAGAUAUCGUUAAUGCUUCAAUCACGUUGUCGUAUAUUUGGAGUACUUGCAAGGUCCUUACGUUAACCAAAAACAUGAGGUUAACUGUAGGAGCCAACACAUCUGAUAUAGACGAGAUUAAAGCUUUUGCGGAUUGGUUGCUUGACUUCGGAGAGGGAAAGAUUGGCGACGGUGAUGAUUGUGAGGUGGUUAUAGAUAUUCCUGAAGAUUUGUUAAUCAAGUGCUCUGAGGAUCCUAUGUCAGAUCUGAUCGACUUUGUAUAUCCUUCGCUUCUUCAACUGUACAAAGAUAAAGAUUAUUUUGCUGAAAGAGCUAUAUUGGCACCAACGAACGAGGUUGUUCAAGAAAUUAAUGAAAAGUUGCUUGAUUCGUUUCCUGGCGAUGAAGUGGAGUAUCUGAGUUCUAAUAGUAUUUGUCAAACUGAUCAAGGAAAGAAUGAAGCAAAUGCGAGACUAUAUUCUCCCGAUGUUCUAAAUGGUUUAAAAAUUUCUGGUCUGCCUAAUCAUCGAUUAGUCCUUAAAGUUGGUGUACCUGUAAUGUUGCUUCGUAAUAUCGAUCAACAAAAUGGUUUAUGCAACGGUACGAGACUACGGAUUACUAAACUUUAUAAACAUGUUAUAGAGGCGGAGAUUAUAUCCGGAGGAAACAUAGGGACCAGAACGUUUAUUCCACGAAUUAGUUUAACACCGUCGGAUAAAAGAAUUCCUAUCAAGUUUCAACGACGACAAUUCCCUAUAAAUGUAUGUUUUGCAAUGACUAUAAAUAAAAGUCAAGGACAAUCUCUAUCGACAGCUGGAUUGUAUUUGAAAUAUCCAGUUUUCUCACAUGGUCAGCUUUAUGUUGCGUUAUCAAGAGUUAAAAGCAAAGGCGGUGUGAAGUUGCUUAUACUAGACAAAGAUGGGAAUGUAACGAGUAAAAUAAGAAAUGUAGUCUACAAGGAAGUUUUUUCCGGAA